AUGAUUAGGUCAAGACUCACAACUACUGCACCUAAAACCUUAAAGUAUAUCAAUGUCAUUGCAAAACAUCUCGAUGAUCUUGGUCCAUACCCUCCACAUUCCCAAUAUAUCAAUCCUCAACACUAUUACCAAAACACUGUGUUGAUGGAUUGGUCAAAUAGAACUCCACAUCCUGUUACUUUAAGACAACUGGCAGCUUUUGGUAGAGCUCUUAAUGAAGAGAAAAUCAUUUCAAGUGCAAACUUCGUUAGAUUAGAAUUGCCAAUCAGAAUUGCCCUGAAAUUAAGAGAAUUACAAGAAUUACCAUUCAAUGUGGUUAAUAAUUUCCAUCUAGCAAGAGUUUAUGAAUCUUAUUAUGAUAUCUUUGAUAGGUUUAGGAAAAUCCCCCAGAUAAGAACAAUUGAAGAUAAUGAAAAAUUUUGUAAAACAUUAGAAGAUGUGCUAACUGAUAUCAAUUUAUUAAAUUUACCAAAUUUAAUGAUGGGUGCUUUAGAAUGUUGUAUCUUGAAUGCAAUGCCUCAGACUCAAUUAGAUGAAUUAGUUUCCUCUUUAUUAAGAGCAAGAAUUUCAAGAAGAUUAAUCUUGGAGGAACAUUUAUCAUUAACUAAAAAUUUCACUCAAAAUCCAAAUUUACCAAGAUCUCAUAAUUUCAUUGGUGACAUUUUUUUCAAAUGUUCUGCAAAAGAGCAUCUACAAAUAUCUGCAAAUAAUGCAGCAAAAUUUAUUUCAUCAUUAUAUCCAAAUGUUAAGUCACCAAAAUUGAUAAUUGAAGGUCAAAAAGAUUUAAGUUUCCAAUUUUUAACAUCUCAUUUACAUUAUCUUUUCGGUGAAAUCAUGCGUAAUUCUUAUGAAGCUACAGUGAAACAAUUCUUGUUGACAAACCCAACCCCUACAGAGUCUGAUGAACCUCCUCCAAUUCGUGUUUGUAUCAUUGAUAAUAAAGAUCAUGUUGGAUUUAGAUUCAGCGAUCAUGGUGGAGGGAUUGAUUUGAAACCAAUUGGUAGAAUUUUUUCAUUCGGUAAAGACUCAACAAAUGCAAGAGAAUCAUUAGCAAAUUUCCAUAAAUUACCAAAUUUAGAAUUGGAAACUUUGUAUAAAAAACCUUCAAAUAUUAAAGAACGUCAAAAUUCUUUAAUGAAAACUUCAAUUGGUGGAAUUGAUAAUAAUUAUAUCAAAGAGACAACUUUAAUUAAUUUGAUUCAAAGACCCGCCAACUAUAAAUUAGGUCUAGGUUUAGCAAUGUGUAAAGUUUAUGCUGAUUAUUGGAAUGGUGAUUUAGUUAUGCAUUCAUUGAAUGGGUAUGGAACUGAUACAUAUUUGAAACUGGGGAAAUUGGGUCAUACCCAAGAUAAAUUACAAUUGGAUAGAGCUUGA